GCCGCGCUGAACGUUCGCAGAGCCACGUUGCGUAUGCGUAACGCGCACAGUUUCCCAGACCAGCCGACGACUCCUGCGUUUUCCGCGAAAAUUCUGACAAACGAUGACAAUCAACGGCAGCCGUAGUUUAGCCCUCCGCUAAACACAGAGUAUCAAUUCAGUAAACCAAAUCGAUCCGCUCGAGCGAAGGCCAGCGGUAAUACGUAGCCGCCACCACUGCCGUCGGCAAAACGCAAAGUGUCGAGAAUAAAACCAAAAACCAAAUCGAAAAUUCUGUUAUUUUUCCGCUCGGUGAAAACACAAAAUAAUAUUUAAAAAAGAAAAUAUGACAAACACAGUGCAAUGUUCAACCAGUAUGAUUAGAAAAUAUAUUUGAAAAAAGCCAACAAGCAACACUCACCACACGAAACGGAAGUGCAUUCGAAAAAGUUCUCUUGAUGAAAAAUCACUUGUCCAACGUUCUGUGUGCGAUGCGUAGUGACUUCAAGGAUAAUCACCAGGAGACCAUCAAUAAAAUGAUACAAUUUGGUACAGUGAAAUAUGGCAUUGUCAAACAGCUGAAGGAUCGCGCUCGCAGCGCCGACAAAGAAAUAGGCAGCGAUCAGGAGGAGAACGGCGGCUGCUCGCCGCUCACCACGGCCACCACCACGGCCAGUCCCAGUCGCAGUCCCGAGCCGGAGGAGGAGCACCAACAGGAGGAGCAGGCAAAGCAGAGCCAAGAAGCGCUUCCAGAUCUAGAAACUGUUGAGGAUAACAACAACAUGGUGGUGAUGAACAAGCCAAAAUCAGAGGAGCGGGAGCCCAAUGCCAGUGGCUCCAUGCCGAGCUCACCGGUGGCCGAGGCCAGUGCCGAAGAGGCGGCCAUUGAGAGAGUUCCCAAGCAGGAUAAGGAUAACAAGGACAUCGAGGUGGAUGUGGAGAUGUCGGAUGAGCCAACGCGAAGCGUUUUGCCCGAAACACAGGGAGAGUUACCGGGAGUUGCUGGCACUCCGGUGACCCUUGAGGUUAUCCAAAACAUGCAGAUGGCCAUUGCCCAGUUUGCAGCCAAGACUAUUGCAAAUGGCUCCUCGGGGGCCGACAACGAGGCUGCCAUGAAGCAGCUGGCCUUCCUGCAGCAGACCCUCUUUAAUCUGCAGCAGCAGCAGCUCUUCCAGAUCCAGCUCAUCCAGCAAUUGCAGUCGCAACUGGCACUUAACCAGGCCAAACAGGACCUGGAUGCCGAUGAGGAUCAGGAGCAGGAACAGGAGCAGGACCAAGACCAAGAGCUGGAAACGGACACCUACGAGGAGGAGGAACGCAUUGCCGAUAUGGAGCUGCGCCAGAAGGCUGAGGCUCGCAUGGCAGAAGCCAAGGCUCGCCAGCACCUGAUCAAUGCUGGUGUUCCUCUGCGCGAAUCCUCCGGUUCCCCCAGCGAGUCCCUGAAGCGAAGAAGGGAGCAUGACCACGAGUCCCAGCCCAAUCGCAGGCUAAGCUCGGAGACCUCGCAAAAGGAGAGCUCCACCCAGGACGCGUUGGCCAAGCUCAAGCUCGAGAUGGAGAACACGCCGCUCCCCUUCGGCUCGGACCUGGCCUCCAGCAUCAUUACCCACCACGACGAUCUGCCGGAGCCCAACUCCCUGGAUCUCCUGCAGAAGCGCGCCCAGGAGGUGCUGGACUCCGCCUCGCAGGGAAUCCUGGCCAACAACAUGGCCGAUGACUUCGCCUUCGGCGAGAAGUCAGCAGAUGGAAAGAGUCGCAACGAGCCCUUCUUUAAGCACCGCUGCCGGUACUGCGGCAAGGUCUUCGGCUCCGAUUCCGCCCUCCAGAUCCACAUCAGGUCGCACACCGGCGAGCGACCCUUCAAGUGCAACGUCUGCGGCAGCCGCUUCACCACCAAGGGCAACCUUAAGGUUCACUUCCAGCGCCACGCCCAGAAGUUCCCGCACGUGCCCAUGAAUGCCACGCCCAUUCCGGAGCACAUGGACAAGUUCCAUCCGCCACUGCUGGACCAGAUGUCGCCCACGGACAGCUCACCCACGCACUCGCCAGCUCCGCCUCCGGUGAGCGCUGCCCCCACCUCGUUCGCCCCGGCCUUCCCUGGCUUGCAGAACCUCUACCGCCCGCCCAUGGGUAUCCUCAAUAGCUUGGGUGCCUCUGCGCCACAUCCAUUUUUCCCGCAAGAUCUGCCCACGGAUCUGCGGAAGCCCUCGCCACGCCACGAGGAGGAGGAGCAGAAUCAAGAGCAGGAGGGACAAAUGGCGGUGAAGAGUGAGCCGGUAGAGGAGGAUAAGGACCAACGGGAGGAGGAGCAAGAGCGAGAGGAGGAGAGUGCGGAAGCUUCAGAGCCCGAACCGGAACCUCUGCCCCUCGAAGUGAGCAUUAAGGAGGAGCGCCUGACGUUUGAUCCGGAGCUGGCUCAGGAGGACGAUCGCCGCUCGGAACCGCCGAGAACACCCUCGCCAAGUCCCAAGGCAGAGCGCUCGCCACAUCACCACCACCAUCAUCAUCAUCACCAGCAUCACCAACACCACCGCAGCAGCCACCUGGGCUAUCCCCCGGUGGUGCAGCCCAUUCAGCCCGCUGGCCUGAUGCACCAGCAGUCCUCUCCGGGCUCCCAAUCCCACCUGGAUCACCUGCCCACGCCGGGUCAACUGCCGCCGCGCGAGGACUUCUUCGCCGAGCGCUUCCCCCUCAACUUUACCACCGCCAAGACCCACUCACCCGAGCACCAUUCCCCCGUGCGAUCUCCGGCAGGAGGAACCCUGCCUCCGGGAGUUCCGCCGCCGCCACACCACCAUCCGCACCACAUGGCCAGAUCGCCGUUCUUCAAUCCCAUCAAGCAUGAGAUGGCCGCCCUUCUGCCGCGUCCUCACAGCAACGACAACUCGUGGGAGAACUUCAUCGAGGUCUCGAACACCUCCGAGACCAUGAAGCUCAAGGAGCUGAUGAAGAACAAGAAGAUCAGCGAUCCCAACCAGUGCGUCGUCUGCGACCGCGUCCUCUCCUGCAAGAGUGCCCUCCAGAUGCACUAUCGCACCCACACGGGCGAGCGUCCGUUCAAGUGCCGCAUCUGUGGACGUGCCUUCACCACCAAGGGCAACCUUAAGACCCACAUGGCGGUGCACAAGAUCCGUCCGCCAAUGCGCAACUUCCACCAGUGCCCCGUGUGCCACAAGAAGUACUCCAAUGCCCUCGUCCUGCAGCAGCACAUCCGUCUUCACACGGGCGAGCCCACUGACCUCACACCGGAGCAGAUCCAGGCGGCGGAAAUCAGAGAUCCCCCGCCCUCCAUGAUGCCGGGUCACUUCAUCAACCCCUUCGCAGCGGCUGCUUUCCACUUUGGUGCCAUGCCAGGCGGUCCUGGUGGACCACCGGGAGCUCCCAACCACGGAGCUCACAACGGUGGCCUGGGGUCUGAGUCCUCGCAGGGAGAUCUGGACGAUAACAUGGACUGCGGGGAGGAAUUCGACGACGAUGUAUCUUCGGAGCACCUCUCUAACAGCCACCUGGAGCAGGAGGGUGACAGGCCGAGGUCGGGAGAUGACUUCAAGUCCUUGCUGUUUGAGCAGAAGUUACGGCUCGAUGCGGCCAGCACGAAUUCUGUGCGACCGAGAUCCUCUGCCUCGAGUCAUGGCCACUCGGCGGGUUCAACUUCGGCGCCCACUUCGCCCUCGGUGAACCAACACCUUGCGCCGAAACGCAGUGUCUCGCCAGCCCGGUCGGAGGCCUCCCAGGGAGCUCUGGACCUCACACCACGAGCUGCUCCAACCUCCAGUUCCAGCUCGCGAUCGCCGCUGCCAAAGGAGGAGCCUGUGAGUCCGCCCAACCGGCCCAGGAGCCCCAGUGGUUCCAGCGGACCCAGUGGCCAUGCGCCCGCCUCCCUGCUCUCUUCCCCGUUGCCGCCGACCGUGGGCAUUGAUUGCCUGCCUCCCGGACUCCAGCACCAUCUGCAGCAGCAGCACCAGCACCUGAUGCAGCAACAAGCCGCAGUGGCUGCUGCUGCGGCAGCGCAACACCAUCAUCAUCAGCAGAUGGCGGCUCUGCACCAGCACCAGGAGCACCUGCGUCGGCAGGCGGCGGAGGAGCAGCAAAAGGCUGCAGCAGCAGCUGCGGCGGCGGCAGCGGCUGCUCAGCGCCAGAACUCCCCGCAACCUAAUCAGCGGACAGAGAGCGGACCUGGAGGAGCUGUGCCCGGAGCUGGGGGUCCACCAAAUCCUCUGAUGGGCGCCCGGCCGCCCUUCGGCAUGUUCCCCAACCUGCCACUCUUCCCGCCCGCCACCACGCAGAACAUGUGCAAUGCCAUGAACCAGAUCGCCCAGUCCGUGAUGCCGGCGGCUCCGUUCAAUCCGCUGGCGCUCAGCGGCGUCCGCGGCAGCACCACCUGCGGCAUCUGCUACAAGACAUUCCCCUGCCACUCGGCGCUGGAGAUCCACUACAGGAGCCACACCAAGGAGCGGCCCUUCAAGUGCAACAUCUGCGAUCGCGGCUUUACCACCAAGGGAAACCUUAAGCAGCACAUGCUGACCCACAAGAUCCGCGACAUGGAGCAGGAGACCUUCAGAAAUCGUGCCGUAAAAUAUGAGUGAGUGUAAAGGUUAUCGCAAAUAAGUAAACACUCAGUUAGCCACAGCACGAUCCGGAUCAAGAUCGCCAGCCAGCGAUCUAGAUCAUCCUGCUCACUCCCAGAAGACGGCCGGCGAUCAUCCCAUCCCGGUGGCCCAGACUCAGUCAAGAUGCAAUCGAUUCUCGCAACCAAAUGAUCUCAAGAGAGGAGGGGGGUAGAGAGCGGCCGGUCGGUGUACACAAAUCUUUUUAUAUUUAUAAAAUGUUGCCCACAAAAAUAUUAUUUGAUUGUUGUUCCGCCGGGCGAAAGGAGAAGUGAGAAUGCUGCGGGGCUAGCUAUGAUCUACGAUCGAUCGCUCCGGCCCCGAGGUUAUUUCAUAAACAAUUUUUUAUGAUAACAUAUCGGGGCGCGUUCCAGGAGAACCUAUAUAUACCUAUAUACCAAUACCAAUACUGGGUAGGAUCAUGAAACGUAUCCAAAGAUGCAUCAAAAGCGAUUUGUGUUCCAGCUAAACAAAGCGAACCUGCAGAGGGAACCAAAGGCGGCUGGGAAUGGAGAGACUGAUGGCGUUUCAUGUUCCACUCGGAACCAAAACUAAGAACGGAAGCAGGCACACAGUGUACUUUAUAUCUUUGUAUCUGCAUCCGUGUCUAAAGUCGCAGCAGAAGCAGCAGCAGUGAAGGCGUAGUAAAAUCAAAAUUCGAAUUUAAAGCAAAUCUUAAGGUAUAUGCUAAUAUAAAUAUAAUAGGUACCUAAGCAAGAUAUGUGUAAAUACAUAUAUAUGAUAUAUUAUAACCAAACCCCUCACACCCAAACAACCACACACACACACACACACACAACAUGUUAAUAAUCUAUUUGGAAUGUGCAAUAAUAUGACAUGCUAUAAAUUUAGAUGCGAACGCCGAGCGCAGGCUUUUGUUUCCUACUACUCGUAAAUUAGAUUUAUUUUCCACUUCUGUACAUACUUCGUAUAAAACACACACACACAUUAUUAAUAUUAAACACACAUUUCGAAAUCCAAACGCUUUGCUUUCGAGAAUGGGUUAGGAAUAAAAACUGAGAAAAAUCUAAACAAAAAAAAAUAUAUAUGAGAAAUUGUGAUAUUAAAUGUUAAAAAAAAAAACAAAACAAAUACAAAUUACGAACUGCGAGGCCCUGGUCGAGGUCCCAGCUAAAUGCUUUCCAUAUCACAGAUGAGAGAACCACAAAAGAUAUCUAACAUUCAUAGUUAAUUUAGUUGUUAGCCGAAAGGGGACAAUCCCCAACCGCCCACACUAACACACACACACACACACACACUCUAAUUUCCCUUCAUCGGAAGGAUAACCCUAGACAUAAGCGAUCGUACACGUAUUGAUUACCACAAUUAAAUUAUACACGGCUGCAAACCGUGUCUCACUCUCUGUUCGUAAGCAUUAAGCAUAGUCUCAUAAUUUAUUACGCAACCCAAAACAAGAAACAAAAUAAAAACUAAAAAACCACAAAAAUAAAUCUAUUGAGAAGAACAAAUAA